UUACUGCGAACUCUGAUGGCAGGAGAUGCCACCCUCUCAACCGUGACUCACGUUAUUGUGGAUGAGGUUCAUGAGCGGGAUGGCUUGACCGAUUUCCUUCUAACCAAAAUGAAGGACGUGCUCCAGAAGAUGCCCAACCUGAAGCUCAUCCUGUCUAGCGCGGCCCUGGACGUGGAUCUGUUUAUCCGAUACUUUGGCACAUGUCCCAUUAUUUACAUCAAAGGGCGGCCAUUUGAAGUCAAACAGCUUUUCUUGGAGGAUAUUUUACGGACCACUGGAUACACAAACAAAGACAUGAUCAAAUACAAACGGGAGAUGCAGAAAGAGGAGAAGCAGCAGGUCUCUCUGAAUGAGUGGUGUGAAGCAGGAGAGGGGAGCUUGGCCAAGCAGGAGGCACACAGGGAGAGGAGCACAGCCUCCUGUAUCCUCCAGGAGAACGACCUGCUGGAUGACGGAGGUGACAGUGCCUUCAGCCAGCUGAGUGAAAAAGACGCAUCGUCACUGGAGCCGUGGCUACUGAGGGAGAUGGACGGCUGUAUCUCUGACAUCUUCCUCAACCAGGACGCUGAAGCUUUCAUACAACUCUUCAACCUCAUGCUAAAUGAAAAUAUCAGUGUGGAUUACAGGCACAGUGAGACGAGUGCCACGCCUCUGAUGGUGGCAGCUGGGCGGGGCUUCCUCAGUCAGAUGGAGCAGCUCCUGAGUAUGGGGGCAGACGUUAACCUGAAAGCCUCCAACGGCUGGACUGCACUGGACUGGGCAAAACAUUUCAAUCAGAGUGAAGCUGUGGAUCUCCUGGAAUCCUACAUUUCCUCCCUGGAGGCGGGUAAGCUGGACGAGUGGUCUCUGGUACAGACAGCGAGCGCGGAGCUGAGCGCUGAAGACCAGGAGCUGCUGAAGGUUUACCACCACAGCUUUGAUGAUGAGAAGGUCGACUUGAACCUUAUCAUGCACCUCCUCUUCAACAUCUGCCAGAGCUCAGAGGAUGGCGCCGUUUUGAUCUUUUUACCGGGGUAUGACGAGAUUGUCGCUCUGCGUGAUCGAAUUCUUUAUGACGACAAAAGAUUUGCAGACCAGCCGCACAGAUAUCAGGUCUUCACACUCCAUUCCAAUAUGCAGACGUCAGAUCAGAAAAAGGUUCUGAGAAACGUGCCCAUUGGUGUUCGUAAACUGAUUCUCUCCACUAACAUCGCUGAGACGAGCAUCACUGUGAAUGACGUGGUUUUUGUCAUUGAUUCUGGCAAAGUGAAAGAGAAAUCCUUUGACGCUCUGAAUCAUGUGACUAUGCUGAAAAUGGUUUGGAUAUCGAAAGCCAGCGCCCUCCAGAGGAAGGGAAGAGCUGGACGUUGCAGACCAGGGGUCUGUUUCCACCUCUUCAGUCGGCUCAGAUACAACAACAUGCUGGAACACCAGGUCCCUCAGCUGCUGAGAAUGCCUCUACAUGAGCUGUGUUUACACACUAAGCUGCUGGCUCCAGUCUCCUGUCCUAUUGCUGAGUUCCUGUCCAAAGCCCCAGAGCCUCCUCACAUGCUGACGGUGAAGAACGCAGUGCAGAUGCUGAAGACCAUUGAUGCCAUGGAUCCGUGGGAGGACCUGACGGAGUUGGGGUACCACUUGGCCGACCUGCCCGUGGAGCCCCACUUGGGCAAGAUGGUUCUGUGUGGCGUGGUCCUAAAAUGCCUGGACCCCAUCCUGACCAUCGCCUGUACCCUGGCCCACCGCGACCCCUUCGUCCUGCCCGCGCAGGCCUCGCAGAAACGCGCCGCCAUGCUCUGCCGCAAACGCUUCACCGCGGGCACCUUCAGUGACCACAUGGCCUUGCUCCGUGCGUUCCAGGCGUGGCAGAAGGCCCGUUCUGAAGGCUGGGAGAGGUCUUUCUGUGAGAAGAACUUCCUGUCGCAGGCCGGUAUGGAGAUGAUUAUCGGCAUGAGGACACAGCUGCUGGGUCAGCUCCGAGCCAUCGGUUUUGUGCGGGCACGGGGUGGCGGAGACAUCCGGGACGUGAACCUGAAUUCGGAGAACUGGGCGGUGGUGAAAGCCGCCCUGGUGGCGGGAAUGUAUCCGAACCUCCUCCACGUGGACCGGGACAACCUGACCCUGCAGGGAGCCAAAGAGAAAAGGGUCCGGUUCCACCCCACAUCUGUCCUCAGCCAGCAACAGUAUAAGAAGAUCCCUCCAGCAAAUGGCCAGGCGGCAGCUGUGCAAGCCCUGCCCACGGAUUGGCUGAUUUAUGACGAGAUGACGAGAGCUCACAGGAUUGCCAGUGUGAGGUGUUGCUCUGUGGUCACUCCGCUGACGGUCGCUGUGUUCGCAGGCUGUGCUAAACUUCCCAGCUCUGCUUUCCAGGAGCCCACGGUCCAGAGAGAUGACACAGUGAACGAGAGCAGUGACAGCGAGGUGGAGGAUCGCUCCACGUCUCACCUGGCUCAGAUCAAACUUGACGACUGGCUCAACUUCAAACUAGAUGCAGAGACGGCAGGUCUGGUGUUUCAGUUAAGACAGAGAUGGCAGGGUCUUUUCCUGCGGCGGAUCCGUUCUCCGUCUAAGCCCUGGUCUCAGCUGGAUGAGUCCACUGUCUGGGCUCUGGUGUCAGCUCUGUCUGCGGAGGAGCAGUCCGCCGGCCUCCAGCAGCCCACCGGCAUCGGUCAGAGACCCAGACCCAUGUCCUCGGAUGAACCCCCGCAAACCUCCUCCUCCUCCUCCUGGAGGUCCUCUAACAGCCGCAGGGGUACGGAGGAGCAAGGGCAAGGCAGUGACCCCACCGUGACUGACAGGUUAUUGCUUAAAGAGUCCUCUCCGGCCCCGGGUCAAUCCAAAGGUCACAGAGAGAAGGGGGCGUUGCACUCCAAACGCCCCGGCGAUGAUCAUUUGUCCAUAAAACCCACCGAAAAUCCCAGCCCCAGCAGCCCCUGUGCUAGCCCCUCCUCCAACUCCUCUGGAAAGUGCUCUAAGUCUCCGUCCCCGCGGCCCAGCACCCCCGUCCGCUACUUCAUCAUGAAGAGCAGUAACCUGCGUAACAUUGAGCUGUCUCAGCAGAGAGGCAUCUGGUCCACCACGCCUUCCAACGAGCACAAACUCAACAAGGCCUUCCAGAAAAGCCGCCUGGUCUUCCUCAUCUUCUCCGUACAGGGCUCCGGACACUUCCAGGGUUAUGCCAGGAUGACGUCUGAGAUCGGGUCAGAACGCUGUCAGGACUGGGGUUCUCCUGGGCUUGGUGGAGUCUUCAACGUGGAGUGGAUCCGUAGGGAGAGUCUCCCCUUCCAGUUCUCGCACCAGCUCCUCAAUCCAUGGAAUGACAACAAGAAAGUACAGAUCAGCAGAGACGGACAGGAGUUGGAGCCCCAGACCGGAGGGCAGCUGCUCCAGCUGUGGGAACGUAUCCCAGGCAAACAGCAGGCUGAGCUGUGAAUGGUGAUGGUACCUGUGUGAUGGGGCCUCUGAUAACCAAAGCCACCUCUGCAGACAGCAACAUC